AUGAGUGAUCAAAAUAACAAUUCAACCAUUUCAAAACCAACAGAUAGUGCUGUCACAGAUAGAACAACAACAUCAGAUGUCAUGCAACCCAGGCGUCGUAUGGUUCAAAAUUAUUUGGUUAUUUGGGUGGAUGGCAACAUCAACACAAAUAAUGAAGAUUGUCAGAAUUCAUUGGACCAAUUGCGUACAGUGGUAAGCGAAGUGAAUGUUUGCACGACGCCGGAACAAUGCAUCGAAUUUUUGAAUGAUAUGGAUGAUGGAAAAGCCUUUAUCAUCUCAUCAGGGGCAUUAGGUCAUCACCUUGUUUUCGAUAUUCAUAGCAUGCCACAAGUAGAUGCCAUUUAUAUUUUCUGUGGUAAUAAGGUACGCCACAAACAGUGGGUGAAAGAAUGGCCAAAGAUUCAAGGUGUUUUCACCUCAAUCAAGCCCAUUUGUGAAUCAUUGAAAAAGAUCGCCCGUCAUUGCGAUCAUGAUAGCAUUCCGAUGAGUUUUGUACCGAAGCAAUCUCUAGCAAUAGGAGAUGAGUCACAACAACAAAAUAUUGACGAAUUGGAACCAUCAUAUAUGUACUCGGUGUUGUUCAAAGAAAUUAUGUUGGAAAUAAAUGAAGAUGACGAAAAAUCAAUGAAAAGUUUAGUCACUUAUUGCCAUAAAAAAAAUAUUUCCAAAUCAGAACUAGAUGAGUUUGAGCGUCAAUAUUGUCCAAAAUUGUCGAUAUGGUGGUAUACCAAGGAAAGCUUUCUCUACGGUACGCUUAACAAAGCGUUGCGAUCAUUAGAUAUGGAAUGCAUGGUGAAAAUUGGAUUUUUCAUUCGAAAUUUACAUCGACAAUUGGAAAAACAACACCAAGAACAAUUAAGUACGUAUGAAAAGAAAUUUCUCGUUUACCGUGGACAGGGUAUGACAAAAGAAGCCUUUCAGCAUCUUCUCGACACGAAAGGUGGACUCCUCUCAUUCAACAGCUUCUUAUCCACUAGUAAACAGCGAAGAGUCGCCAUGGAGUUUGUUCAACUUACCAUGAGCAACAAUGAAGACAUUGUUGGAAUCAUUUUUAUUAUGACUAUCGAUCAAAGUAAAAUAUCAGCAAAGACUACUCCAUUUGCUAUGAUUGACGAAUACAGUGCUAUUCCAGCCGAACAAGAAAUUCUAUUUACAAUGCACACAGUGUUUCGUGUGGUUGAUAUAAAACAAACCAUCGAGAACAAUCGCCUUUGGGAAGUACAAUUGGCUAUUACCGGCGAUAAUGAUCCACAACUUGCUGCUCUUACUGAUCGUAUUAAAAAGGAGAUCACUGGCUCCACUGGAUGGCAUCGUUUGGGUGAUCUGAUGCUCAUAGUGGGGCAUUUCAGUCAAUCUGAAGAACUCUAUAAUGAAUUACUCAAGAAUGCUUCGAGUGAUCGCAAUAUAGCACAUAUCUAUCAUCAGCUUGGAAUGUUAAAAUAUCAUCAAGGUAUAUACCAAGAAGCAGCCAUCUUCUACGAAAAUUCACUUGAAGUCAUACUUAAAACUCUUCCAGAAGACGAUGCUUCAUUGGCUGGUACCUAUAACAACAUUGGUCUUGUCUAUAAAAGCAUGGGUGACUACUCGAAAGCACUUGAAUAUUACGACAAAUCACGUGAGAUAAAAGAAAAAUUCUUGUCUCCAGAUGAUCCUGAUUUGGCUCUUACCUACAACAACAUUGGUGCAGUGUAUAAAGCCAUGGAUGAAAAUGCCAAAGCACUUGAACUUUUCGAAAAAUCCAUCAAAAUAAAAGAAAUAUCUUUACCACCGAAUCAUCCAGAUUUAGCUACUUCCUACAACAACAUCGGUCUUGUCUAUAAUCACAUGGGUGACUAUAAGAAAGCACUUGAAUUUUACGGAAAAGAUUUUGAAAUAAUGAAAAAAGUUCUGCCUCCAAAUCAUCCCUCAUUGGCUACUUCCUAUAACAACAUCGGUCUAGUGUAUAACAACAUGGAUGACUACUCGAGAGCACUUGAUUAUUUCAAAAAAUCCAUAAAAAUAAAAGAAAUAUCUUUACCUCUGAAUCAUCCCGAUUCGGCUGCUUCCUAUAGAAAUAUUGGUCUAGUGUAUCAUAACAUGAGUGAUUAUUCAAAAGCACUUGAAUUUUACGAAAAAUCACUCAACAUGUAUGAAAUAUCUCUGCCUCCGAAUCAUCCCGAAUUGGCUAAUAUCUACAAUGACAUUGGUAGAGUGUAUGACAACAUGGAUGACUAUUCGAAAGCACUUUCGUAUCUAGAAAAGGCACUUACUAUUCGACGUAAGAAUCUUCCAUCAACUCAUCCUCUAAUUCAAAUAACAAUUGAUAAUAUUGACUGUGUGAAAGAAAAGAUGUAA